AUGACGUCCUCCCCAGAACCCCCCCAAUUCAACCUCUACACAACCACCAUCCCCCUCUACCUCCGCGCGAUGACGAACCUCCUGCACCAACUCCAAAAAGCCUCCUCACACUCCCUCUCCUCCGGCACCCCGCCAUCCUACUACCUCAACGCGCGCCUCUACCCCGACAUGCAAGGCCUCCCCUACCAAAUCCAGCGUCUAACCGACACGGCCAAAUUCACGCUCGUGCGCGUACUAGGCCACGACCCCACCCUCCUCAAAAUGGAAGACAACGAAAGCACAUUCCCCGAGCUGACCGCGCGGGUGGAAAAGACGAUGGCGCUGCUGCAGGGGGUGAAGGAGGAAGAGAUGGCGGAGGUGGGGAGGGCGGGGACGAAAGAGGUGGUGCUUACACGAGCAGACGGGUUUCGCUGGGAGACGGGCCCGUAUGAGUAUGUGACGAAGUUCGCAAUGCCGAAUUUUUGGUUUCAUGUUAGUAUGGCGUAUGCGAUUCUCAGGAUGUGUGGGGUGCCGGUGGGGAAGAAUGAUUUUAUUGGGACGGAGGCGUGA